AUGAAAGUCCAUUAUAUUAAUAUAUUAUUGUUUGCUCUUCCAUUAAAUAUAUUGGUAUAUAAUCAAAGGAACCAUUACAUCACACGUACACCAAAAGCAACCACUAGGACAUUAUGCGAAUGUGAAUUGUAUGCACCAUCAAACUAUGAUAAUGACCCUGAAAUGAAAGCAGUAAUGCAUGGUUUUGAUCGUCAAACGUCGCAACGUUUUGAAGAAUACAAUGAACGCUUGCUCGAAAACAAACAAAAAUGUAAAGAACAAUGUGAUAAAGAAAUACAAAAAAUUAUUUUAAAAGAUAAAUUAGAAAAAGAAUUAAUGGACAAAUUUGCCACAUUACAUACGGAUAUACAAAGUGACGCUAUUCCAACAUGUGUUUGCGAAAAGUCAAUAGCAGAUAAAAUGGAAAAAGAAUGUUUGAGAUGUGGAGGUGUGUUCGGUGGUGGUGUAGCGCCAAGUGUUGGAUUAUUAGGAGGAAUUGGUGAAGCUGCCAUAAGUGUGUUGAAACCUUUGGCAAUUGAGGCUGCUAAAAAAGCGGCCGUAACUGAGGCUACUGAUGCCGCUAUUGAAGCUGGUAUGAAUGCUGUCAGACUUAAAAUUGAAGGAUUGAGUAACAUUUAUUCUCUAAAUCAAGGAUUUGUUGAUUUGAGUUCAAUUGUUAGUAAAUCAACAUUUAAAAAUGGUGAUGCUUUAGUUGAAACUGCUAAGAAAGUAAUAGGUAAUGCCUGCAAUGUUCCAGGAAGAAAUAGCACGACUAUUUUUUAUAAUUCGGUAAUAAAGUACGGUGGUGAAUCUAACAUUAAGGGUUUCGCACAAGCUGGUAGUGAUGCAUUUCAGGCAACAUUGACAACCAAAACAGCAGAAUUUAAGGAAACAUAUAUGGCUGCAGUAAACGCUACAUAUGGUGGUUACCACAUUAGUAUUAUUGCUUCCAUCGUUGCAAUAGUUGUCAUAGUUUUAAUUAUGGUAAUAAUUUAUUUGAUUUUACGUUAUCGACGAAAAAAGAAAAUGAAGAAAAAACUGCAAUAUAUCAAAUUAUUAGAAGAAUAG